AACAGGGCGUGGCUUGAGAGAAAAGUGGGCGGAGCUCAAGCUACAGACGAAGAUGGCGACUUUGUGUGGUGUGAGAAGACUGUUCUCGUCUUCCUCGAGAGCCGUGAGACUAGCAGCUGCUCCCGUCGGUCCACGGGAACCUGGAGACGCUCGUGUCGUGAGCUGUCCACGAGCAGCGCGUGGAGAGCAGGGGUGGACCCGGCCGAGGAGUCCGUCUUCGGUCAGGACCACGUAGAGAUGAGAGAGGCACUAAACAAGUUCAUAGAGAGAGAGAUAAACCCGUUUGUGGACGAAUGGGAGAAUGCCAGAGGUUUUCCUUCACACGAGUUGUUCAAGAAGCUGGGAUCUGCAGGGUUCCUCGGUAUUAACAGAGAUCCCGAGUACGGAGGGUUGGGCCUCGACUUCAGUUACAACAUGGCCGUCGCCGAGGAACUGGGCAAUAUCAGAUGCUCUGGCGUUCCCAUGGCGAUUGGCGUUCAGACAGACAUGGCAGUGCCAGCACUGGCUAGGUUCGGAUCCCACGAGCUGAAGAAGUCGUUUCUUGCCCCGAGCAUCGCCGGAGAUUUCGUGGCGUGUGUCGGGGUCAGCGAACCUGGGGCUGGCUCCGAUGUCGCUAACAUUAGAACCAACGCCAAGCCGAAGAAAGAUUCAGAAGACCUGGUGAUUAACGGGAGUAAAAUGUGGAUAACAAACGGCGCCGAGGCUGAUUGGAUCUGUCUCCUAGCAACCACCAACGACGGCCUGUCCCAUCGCAACAAGUCCCUCAUAUGCGUUCCCAUGGAUACGCCGGGGGUUACUGUGGCGAGGAAAAAUCGAUAAACUCGGCAACCACUGUUCAGAUACGGCUGAGAUAUUCUUUGAAGACGUGGUGGUUCCCGCUAGCAACGUAAUUGGGGAGGAAGGACAGGGUUUUACCUACCAAAUGAUUCAGUUUCAACAAGAGAGAAUGUGGGCAAUUGCUAACGUCCUGUUGCCAAUGGAGAGGGCCAUACAAGAGACUGCCGAAUACUGUCGACAGAGAAAAGCAUUCGGUCAGAGUAUCCUUGACAACCAGGUGGUUCACUACAGACUGGCAGAAUUGGAGACGGAGGUUGAGCUGCUCCGCUCACUCCUCUACAGAACACUGGGUCUCUAUCUGAAAGGGGACACGAUGUUACGAAGCUAGCCUCGAUGGGCAAGUUGAAAGCCGGUCGUCUCGUGCGAGAAGUGGCCGACUCUUGCCUCCAGUUCUGGGGAGGGAUGGGGUACACCAGCGAAGUGGAAAUCAGUCGCAUGUUCCGCGACGUGAGACUGGUGUCUAUUGGUGGAGGGGCCGAUGAGGUCAUGCUCAGCAUCAUAUGCAAACUAUCAGGAACACUGCCAAGAGCCAAGUGAACUACAAUUAUAACAGAACAGUGCAAUAAUAUUGACAGUUUUCCUUUGGUCUAUGUAUAUACAGUUGUUUCUUGUGAUUUUUACAAUUUAUAAGAAGCAUGCUAUAACCAUACAUUAGGCUCAAUAUACACACAUGUUUUUACAAUACACAUACAUUCUACAAUGUGGAUUUGAUUCAUGUCCACAUCAUCAUUUUUAAUU